UCGACUCGACUAUUGAUUUAUUUAUUUAUCAAGGACUCAAUAAUUCUCUCUCUGUUCUUGUACCCAAAAAAAAAAAGGCUCCUUCUUUGUUCCUCAGGAACAGAAAGAAGCAGCUUCAUGACUACAAGCUGAGCUCAAAUCUCACCGAAUUGCAUAGUUCGUCUUAAAAUUCGAAAUUGGAAUCGGAGAAUUAGGGCUACUGCUUCAAGCUUCAGGCUGAAAGUGGACUUCGGAUGUGAUAUCGGGGCGGCGUGGAUUGGGCAUUGGACAUUUGGAUGGGCCACUAUCAAAAUCUGAGCUUGUUGCUCCUUCGAUAUGUAAAUGCUAUUUCUGUGAACUGAAGGCAAUUGGGUGUGGUCAGUUGAAGUUCACCAGAAAGCACUAUUGUACAAGGCCCAUGGAAAGGGAGGAUGAUGAUUUUGGUAGUCUUCAUGAGGAUAGCAUGGAUGUCGGACUUCAAGCAACAAAUAGGUUGGACUUGAAUGUAGAGCAGGACUCCCGCAGCCCAAAAGUUGUCUAUGUCAACGGCACUCAGUCUAAUCCUCCCUCCAUAGGUGCAGACAGUAAAGAUUCAGUCUUAGAAGUUGGUACAGAGUUUGAGUCUGAUGAACAUGCCUACAAGUCUUACAAUAAAUAUGCCAGGUUGGUGGGUUUUAAUGUUAGGAAAGACUGGGUAAAUAGGAGUAAGGUACAUGGUCAGGUGGUGUCUAGGAAGUUCACUUGUUCUAAAGAGGGGUAUCGGCGGAAGGACAAAAGAGAUGUUAAUGUAAAGAAACAUCGAAAGGAAACAAGAACUGGUUGCUUGGCACAUAUGAUCAUCACCCGUCAACCUGAUGGUAAAUAUCGGGUUACACAAUUUGAAGAACAACACAAUCAUGGCAAUGUAAAUUCAAGUAUUGCUCAAGCAUUGCCAGAACAACACAAUCAUGACAAUGUAAAUCUAAGUAUUGCUCAAGCAUUGCCAGAACAAAGAGAAUGCACUGUUCCUGAAGCUGCUGAUGCUGACUCGGUAAAAGAGUUAGGAUCAUUGUCAAAAUCGGCACUGGACUCGAUGAAUAGAGGGUUUAGGGUAAGGGAAUCUGUUGAUAGUUUUGCUUUAGAUUUUGAAAAUUAUCUUCAAUCUGAAAGGACUCGAGAUAUGAAGGAAGGAGAGGUGGGACGUUUGCUGCAUUACUUUCAAAGGCAGCACUUUGAAAACCCAUCGUUCUUUUACGCAAUACAGGUUGAUACUGAUGAUAAAGUGAGUAACAUACUUUGGGCUGAUGAUAAUAUGGUAUCAGAUUAUGACCAUUUUGGGGAUGUGGUUUGUCUAGACACGGUUUGCAGAGCAGACAAGAAUUGCCUGCCAUUUGUACAGUUUGUAGGAGUAAAUAAUCAUAAACAGGUAGUUAUCUUUUCUGCUGCACUGUUGUAUGAUGACACUGUUCAAUCUUAUAAAUGGCUAUUUCAAACUUUUGUGGAGUCGAUGUCUGGGAAGAAACCAAAGGCCAUUCUUACCGAUCAAGAUGCAGCAAUUGUUGAGGCAAUCAAUUCAGUUUUACCUGAAACAGACCAUCGGAUAUGCACAUGGCAAAUGUGCCAGAAUGCUCUCAAGCACCUUAACCACAUAGUAAAAGAUACCGAAUCUUUUGCCAAUGAUUUCAAGAGCUGUAUAUAUGACCAAAAAGAUGAGGAUGGGUUUGUGUAUGCUUGGGGGAAUAUGCUGGAUAAUUAUGGUCUUCAGCAGAAUGACUGGUUAAAAUGGAUGUUUAGGGAACGAGAGAAAUGGGCUGUGGUAUAUGGCAGGAAUACUUUUUUUGUUGACAGAAAAGGCUCACAUCUGGUUGAAAGUUUGUUUCAUGAUUUGAGAAAUUACCUAUACUCUGACCGAGAUGUGCUUGAUUUUGUUAAGUAUUUCGAAAGGUUGGUAGAUGAGCAACGUUACAAAGAAAUAGAAGCCAAUGAUGAAAUGAACUGCUGCAUGCCAAGACUAAUGGGGAAUGUGAUUUUACUAAAGCAUGCAAGUGAUGUUUACACUCCAAGGGCAUUCGAAGUGUUCCAGCGAGGAUAUGAGAAGUGUUUGAAUAUUGUUGUUAACCAAUGCAGUGAGAAUGGGCCAUUGUUCGAGUACAAAACCAACAUAUUUGGUAAAAGUAGAGAACACACUGUUACAUUCAACUCUUCUGAUGACGCAGUUAUUUGCAGCUGCAAGAAAUUUGACUCUGUUGGGUUUCUAUGUAGCCAUGCUCUUAAAGUACUUGAUCACAUGAAUAUAAAGGUUGUCCCCUCCAAAUAUAUCUUGAAGAGAUGGACAAAAAAUGCAAGGUUAGGGAGUGCAAGAGAGAAUGAUGUGUCCUCCAUCAGGGAUAACCCUAAGCUUGUUGUGGCAAGCCGUUACAAAAAUAUGUGCGGCCGAAUUAUUAUGUUAUCAGCCAAGGCUUCUGCAUCCGAGGAAGCAUUUCAAUUUGCUGUUGGACAACUUGAUGAAGUGAUGGAAGGUGUGGAGAAAAUCUUGACAUUAAAACCUCAGGAUGCUCAAGCUUUCACCUCAAGUAGCACCGCAAAUGCUUCUGAUAGUGAACGUGCAGUGGUUUUUCCAGAUGGAAAUGCAAUUGAAGAUCAGGAUGACAGUGUAGUAAAAGGAGCAAAGGAAAAAGAGACGGCUGUUUUUGACAAAGGUCAAUUAACAAAUGUGAAUGGUGAAUUCUCUAGUACAAAAAGAAUUCAGAAUGUAGAUACAUCCCUACAAAACACUGAUUCCUGCAUUUCGAGUCCGUCUUUGUAUGUUUCACCUGAAGGGACAACAGCAAAUCCCAUUAUGCAGGGUUUAUACAGUUUUGAAGCGAAUCAGGUGGUUCAGUGUAUGUACCAACAAGAUAAUCUGGUGCUGGAAGAGCAUUCCAAUCCUAACAUGUAUCAACCACUCAACUUCUUUUCUAACCAACACGAUUCACCUGGCCAUUCUCAACUACUACAGGAACCUCUGAUCAAUGGCACAUACCAAGAGCCCGUAUCAAGCACCCCUGAAUUGAGGCAGGCAAUGGAUCUCGAUGUCCAACAUCCACAUUCAUCUUCAUUCUUGCUUUUGGAUCGUGGAUAAGAGGGCUUCUGACAGUCCAUUUCUUGUGCUCAAGUAAAGGCAAGGAGGGCCUUAAGGGCACUUAAAGCACUGGUGAAGCUUCAAGCUUUGGUGAGAGGCCACAUAGUGAGAAAACAAUCGGCAGACAUGCUCAGGCGUAUGCAGACACUGG